CGUGCCCCGGGCGCCCGACAGCGAGCACUGCCCGCCGGCCACACAGAUCCUGCCCCGGCACGGCGCGCACGCGAAGUCGAAGCGCGGGAGCAGGAGCGGCGCGCAGUGCUGCCACUCCCCUCGGCGCACGUCGUACCGGAGGACGUCCGCCCUCACGCUGACGUCGGUGUCGUGGUACACGCCGCCGGCGGCGGCGGCGCCGCCACGCUCCCUCCUGCACAGCCGGCCGCCGAUCACAUACACGGAUUCGCCCAGCGCGACGACAGCGAAUCCCUUGAGUAUGUGGCCGUCAGGGACUCCCGGGAGCGUGCCCACGCGGCGCCAUGUGUUGGCACCGGGCUCGUAACACUCGAGGCUGUUGUUGCUGCCGUGCGCGAAGCACGCGUAUAUCCUGACGCUGCCAUCUCUGCUGGCGACGUUCUCGCCGCCGCUGCUACCGCUGCUGCUCCCGGUACUAGAGAAGGACGGGGAGGCGGCGACGUUGCAGUGCAAGGAGCCCAUGGUUAAUUCUGAACCAGUCAAACCAGGUGCUGAUCAAUCCGUCGAUAUGCCAAGCAAGUUGAACAAAAUGCACGAUGAUGUUCAGUUCCGGAAAGCUCCAAGUCAUUUCUUUCUGUUCUCGUCCAACCAACCUAUAUGACACGUGUGGGCUUGUACGCAGGCUUCAUUGAUCCAAUGAGAAGUAGUUGAGGGUGACAGAAAGCAUGGUCAAGGAUGGCGCCUAGCAUCCUUCACCGUGCAUUGUCCUUCUCUAACGUGCCCGUUCAUCGCCGUGAUGUGUCACCACUAAAGGAGGCCUCAGCUGCGUCCAACAGACAUGAGGGCCUGGCAUUAUUGACGACAAUUGCUGAGGACACUGGCUCAUGCAACCCUAGUCCUUUAUUGCCAAACCACUUGGCGUUGGAGAAAAGACUCAUCAGCAAGAUCCUCGUUCUGAGAGAGGCUCUGGAUCUGCCAUGUCGAAGUUCAUGUGAUGCGUUGGAUCAGUUACUUCUGGAUACCCUGGAGGCUCUGAAGAUUACAUAUCCGAAAUGUUUAUCAGGCCUAUCAGGAAACAGUACAACUUCUGAACAGCAGGGUCUGGUUCAUCUUCGGAAGGUCCUCAUGUCGGUACAAGAUUGCCAAGCAGAACACAGCGAAUUGAGUAACUUGGGUUUUGAGAAGCAAGCAAUCAUAGAGACCGAGGGCUUAGAUCGUAUAGGUGAGCAUGUCGCUAUGCUUCUUGAUCGGGUGAUUCCGGUGGCGAAAGAAAUCUUCAGUUUCAUGGAAAGCUCCACGAGUGCAAAAGGAUCAGCAGCUGCUGCAGUUCGUCCAGAAAAAAGAAGCCUCCCUCCAGUUCUCUGUCGCACCAGAUCUCUGAUUCACCGCAGAAGUGUCGGCCAUCAUCCAUCAGAUUCAGACAGUGCCGAGGUCGCAACACCUUGCCAAGACGGUGCAAUGAGGCACAGGAAACAAUUGAAAAUUGAGAAACCGGUGCCAAGGCGAGAGGCGGAUGAAGGCGGUUGCAGCGGGGAGGGUGGGCAGACCAGCAGGCGUGAUCCACCGUCAACUCCUACCGGGGACUCUGUACUGCUACAGUCGACGCCGUCGUCUCUGUCCCCGCCUCCACUGUCGGCGCCGCCACCCUCCCCCGUGCCCUUGCUGGGCAUGCCCAUGCUGCUGCAGUCGUGGGAGGCAAUGCAAGACGACAAUGUCUCCUCCCCGGCAGUGGCGGUGCCAGCGCCGACGGCACAGCAAGACACGGUUGACGUCGACGGCUCUGCACUCUCUGCGUCAAUGGAGGCAGGUCAGCCUAGCUCACCGUCAUCCAUGGACGGCAAUGCCGCCGUGCCAAGCGCACCGCCGACGCCGAUGCCGACGCCGCCAAUUCCGGCGCACGGAGACAAACCCGCAGAGGUAGUGGCAAGUGCAUCAUCGUCGCCGCCGCAAGGAGGGCCGCCUGCCAUCAAUGCCUCACGAGCGCCGCCCCCUCCGCCACCUGGAAGCAUCUCGGCCGCGCUACGCGCCAAGAAAACCGCGGGCAAGCUGAAACGGUCUACACAGAUGGGCACCCUGUACAGGCAUCUGCGGGACAGAGUGGAAGGCCCUUGCACGCACGGCGGCGGCAAGAGACAGGCCGGGAACAAGCCCCGGACGCCGGGCGGGUCCAAGGGCGAAGCCGGGCAGGGCAUGGCCGAUGCGUUGGCGGAGAUGACCAAGAGAUCGGCCUACUUCCGGCAGAUCGAAGAGGACGCGGAGAACCACGCCGCGGCAAUCCUGGACCUCAAGGACGCCAUCAGCUCGUUCGAGUCCAGGGACAUGGCUGAGCUGGUGAGGUUCCAUCAGCACGUCGAGCAGCAGCUGGUGUGCCUGACGGACGAGACACAGGUGCUGGCGAGGUUCGAGGGCUUCCCUUCCAAGAAGCUGGAAUCGCUGAGGAUGGCGUCCGCGCUCUACUCCAAGCUGGACGGCACCGUGUCGAAGCUCAAGGGCUGGAAGCUGGCUGCCCCCCUCUCGAACCAGCUUGACAGAGUCGAGGGCUACUUCAACAAGAUCAAAGACGACGUGGACAUGAUAGAGCGGAACAAAGACGAGGAGGCGAAGCGGUUCCUGUCUCACAACAUCCACUUUGACUUCGCGGCGCUGGUCCGGAUCAAGGAGUGCAUGGUGGACCUGUCGUCCAACUGCAUGGAGCAAGCCUUGAAGGAGAGCAAGCAUGCCAGGGAGACGAGCGCGCAGUCGCCAGGCGCUUCUCCGCCGUCGAGGAUGCUGUGGCGGGUCUUCCAGCUGGCCUUCCGGGUGUACAACUUCGCGGGCGGGCAGGACGAGCGGGCGGACAGGCUGACGGCCACCCUAGCGCACGAGAUCGAGGCCCAUCCCCUCUGAAAAAAGCCUACAAUGUACGGACAUCUACGAGGAGUACCCAUCCAUCACGUGUACAGUACGGCCGUAUAAAUACACAUGGUCACGGAGUUGCUCCUGCUUGCAUUGCA